UCUGAUAGAUGAGCACACGCUAGUUAGCAAUUGACUUUACCCUCGCGUGGACAUAAAUCGGUAUUAAAAACAACACACACUGAGUUGUAGGCUUGCCUUUUUGUCUUAUCUAUAUAUCCGUCCAAACCUGCCUACAUUACACCUCUAUAAACCUAGUGUUCAAAAAGUGUUUUAAGGGAAGUUCACAACCAACACACAGAUAGAGUAGGUAUACACUUCCGGGUGAAGAAUUCAAGGGUUCGCGAAUGUCAACUAAGUGAUUCCGUGUCUAAUUUAAUUAAUCGGUCAUCGACCAUGACGAUGGGACAAGAGGAUCAAGAAGCUCUAAUUGUAAAGGGCUCCACAGAAAGUUUAAAUGCCAAUUUAAUACCACCAGAACAAACAUCAAUCAAUCCAGGAAUUGCCAAGAACUAUGGUACAGUUACCAGACCAACAGAUAAUCUCACAUAUUCGUGGUACAAUUUGGAUGUGUUUGGUGCUGUCCAUCAGCCCGGUCCAGGCUUCAAAUACCUCGUUAAUCGUGUUAAGGGACUGUUUUGCAACGAACGACAUAUUCCGGCUCCCAGAAAACAUCUUUUGAAAAAUGUUUCUGGCAUUGCCUAUCCCGGUGAGCUAUUGGCCGUACUUGGAAGUUCUGGUGCUGGCAAGACCACCCUCCUUAAUGCUCUAGCUUUUCGAUCUUCCGCUGGUGUUCAAAUAUCUCCAUCAAGUACAAGAAUGCUCAAUGGCUAUGCAGUCGACGCCACCGAAAUGCAAGCCCGUUGUGCCUACGUCCAACAAGACGAUCUUUUUAUAGGCUCUUUGACAGCCAGAGAACAUUUGAUCUUCCAAGCAAUGUUGCGAAUGCCUCGAAACACACCUUACCGUCAGAAAGUUCAACGAGUCGAACAGGUUAUUCAAGACCUUUCGUUGGGAAAGUGUCAAAAUACAAUUAUUGGAGUGCCAGGCAGGGUAAAGGGUCUAUCGGGAGGUGAAAGAAAGCGUUUGGCAUUUGCUUCGGAAGCUUUAACAGAUCCUCCGUUAUUACUUUGCGAUGAACCAACUUCUGGGUUAGAUUCUUUUAUGGCUCACAGUGUGGUGCAAGUUUUGAAGAAAUUAUCGCAAAAGGGGAAAACCGUUAUUCUCACCAUUCAUCAACCUUCUUCGGAACUCUUCGAAUUGUUUGACAAGAUCCUACUUAUGGCAGAAGGAAGAGUGGCAUUCUUGGGAACUCCAAAUGAAGCAGCUGACUUUUUCGCUUACUUGGGGGCCCAAUGUCCAACAAACUACAAUCCUGCUGAUUAUUAUGUCCAAGUUUUAGCUGUCAUGCCGGGCAAAGAACAGGAAUCGAAGGAAAGAAUUGGAAAAAUCUGUGACAACUUCGCUGUUGGAAGAGUGUCAAGGGAAAUGGAGCAGACUUUCCAAAAAAUGGCUGUCAAAGCUAACGGAAAUACAUUAGACGAAAAUUCGAAUCAUCCUUAUAACGCCACUUGGUUUACUCAAUUCCGAGCUGUUCUUUGGAGGUCUUGGUUGACUGUGCUUAAAGAACCGUUACUUGUUAAAGUCCGUCUUAUUCAAACUACUAUGGUUGCUGUGCUUAUUGGUCUAAUAUUUUUGGGUCAACAAUUGACACAAGAUGGCGUUAUGAACAUUAAUGGCGCAAUAUUUCUAUUUCUGACAAAUAUGACGUUUCAAAAUGUUUUUGCAACUAUAAAUGUCUUCACUUCUGAGCUGCCAGUUUUUAUGAGAGAAGCUCGAAGUCGUUUAUACCGAUGCGAUACUUACUUUUUGGGAAAAACCAUAGCUGAAUUGCCACUGUUUUUGACAGUUCCCUUUGUGUUCACAACAAUUGCCUAUCCACUGAUUGGUCUUCGACCUGGCUUGAACCACUACCUUAUAGCUCUAGCAAUUGUAACUUUAAUCGCUAAUGUUUCAACGUCCUUUGGAUACCUUAUUUCAUGUGCAAGUUCUUCAACAUCAAUGGCAUUGUCUAUUGGGUCGCCAGUGAUUAUUCCAUUUUUACUAUUUGGUGGAUUCUUUUUGAACUCUGGAUCAGUUCCGGUGUAUUUCAAAUGGCUUUCAUAUCUCUCAUGGUUCCGUUAUGGCAACGAAGGACUUCUUAUAAAUCAAUGGUCAGAUGUACAAGAAGGUGAAAUUGCAUGUACAAAAUCGAAUACGACUUGCCCGAGUUCUGGUCGAGUGAUUUUGGAAACACUGAAUUUCUCGGAAGCCGAUUUGCCAUUGGAUUUUAUCGGUCUUAUUUUAUUGAUUUUGGGAUUCAGAAUUACAGCUUAUAUUGCAUUAGUUAUGAAAACAAAACGAAAGGAGUAAUUAGAAGGAGUUUUUGUUAAAUUUUUUUUUAUAUAUAUUCAUAUUAUUAAAAAAUGU